AUUUUUUGGUGUCGCAAAAAUCAGAGCACUGCAACCAAACGCUCAAGCGAAGAAACGACAGCGUUUUAGUACUGCUCCUCUCUUCCUCCCCCUGUUACCCUUGCUUACAAAACGAAACAGAGAAAGUCACCGCAGAGGGUUUUUCAAGGGUUUAACCAAACCGAAGAAAGAAAAACCUAAACUCCCAAAAUAACUAAAAUCCCUCGAGACUUCUUAAUUUCACAAUGAAAAAGGCUUCACUUUCACUUCUUUCAAACUUCAACGGCCGAGGAUUCAGGACAAUUGUCCCUCUUCACUAUCAGAAUUGCACUUCUGAUAAUUCUCCAUCAUCAUCUUCUUCGUCGCUUCACUCAACCGCCCGCCGCCUCCAAACCUGUGGCAAAAUCCAUGGCUUAAUCCUCAGAACCCACCAAUUCCAAACAAACCCAUCACGUAAUCUGGAUACCCUUGUGGAAAAACCAACCCAAUCGUCCUCCAGGCAGAGAAAACUGAGAGAAAAAUCUGAUCUUGAGGAAGCUUUUGAGUCAGCUAAAACCGCUGAAGAAAUGCUCAGAGCAUUUAAAGAAAUGGAAGCAUGUUUUCAUGAGAGAGAGCUGGGGUUAGCUUCAUUGAAAGUUGGACUCAAACUUGACCAAGAAGGUGACGACCCUGAAAAGGCUCUUUCUUUUGCUGAUAGAGCAUUGAAAGCAUUGGAUCAAGAUGGUAAACCUUCUUUACUUGUUGCUAUGGCUUUACAAUUGAUGGGUUCUGUCAACUAUAGUUUAAAGAGGUUCAAUGAUAGUUUGGGCUAUCUUAAUAGGGCUAAUAGGUUGCUUAAUAGGUUAGAGGAAGAGGGUGUUGCUAGUGUCGAGGACAUUAGGCCGGUGCUGCAUGCGGUGCAACUUGAAUUGGGGAACGUGAAAACAGCAAUGGGGAGGAGAGAGGAGGCUCUUGGGAAUCUUAAGAAGGCUUUGGAAAUCAAGGAGAUGACUUUGGAGAAGGAUAGUAAGGAAUUGGGAGUGGCAUAUAGGGAGUUGGCUGAAGCUUAUGUUUCAGUUCUAGAUUUUAAGGAGGCCUUGCCCUUUGGUUUGAAGGCAUUGGACAUUCAUAGGAAGGAGCUGGGUCAUAAUUCGGUGGAGGUUGCACAUGAUAGGAGGAUUCUUGGAGUUAUUUAUACUGGUAUGGAGGAGCAUGAGAAGGCAAUGGAGCAGAAUGAGUUGUCUCAGAAGGUUUUGAAGAACUGGGGUCUUAGUUCUGAGCUGCUCCAAGCAGAGAUUGAUGCUGCUAAUAUGCAGAUCGCAUUGGGGAAGUAUGAUGAGGCUAUUAAUACUUUGAAAGGCGUAGUUCAGCAGACGGAGAAAGAUAGUGAGAAUCGAGCUCUGGUGUUUAUUUCAAUGGGAAAGGCUCUUUGUAACCAAGAAAAAUUUGCAGACGCAAAAAGGUGUUUGGAGAUUGCUUGUGGAAUUCUUGACAAGAAAGAGACAGUCUCUCCAAUUGAAGUUGCUGAGGCGUACUCAGAGAUAUCAAUGCAAUAUGAGACUAUGAAUGAGUUUGAGAUUGCAAUUUCUUUGUUGAAGAGAACGUUGGCUUUGCUUGAGAAGCAGCCUCAAGAGCAGCACUCAGAGGGAAGUGUGUCUGCUAGAAUAGGGUGGUUACUCCUGUUGAAAGGUGAGGUGCCACAGGCCAUUCCUUACUUAGAGAGUGCGGCUGAGAGAUUGAAAGAGAGCUUUGGUUCCAAGCAUUUUGGGGUUGGGUAUAUUUACAACAAUUUGGGGGCAGCCUAUUUGGAAUUAGAUAGACCUCAGUCAGCAGCACAGAUGUUUGCAGUUGCAAAGGACAUCAUGGAUGUCUCUCUUGGUCCUAAUCAUGCAGAUUCAAUUGAAGCUUGCCAGAAUCUUUCAAAAGCAUAUGGUGCCAUGGGAAGCUACGCCCUUGCAAUGGAAUUCCAGCAGCGAGUAAUUGAUGCCUGGGAGGGCCAUGGAUCAAGUGCACAAGAUGAACUCAAAGAAGCCCAACGUCUUCUCGAAGAAUUAAAGACAAAGGCCCGUGGUACAUCCACUAACCGGCUUCCGACGAAGGCCUUGCCUUUGCCACAAAAUAGUCUCGCUUCCAAAUUUUCCAUACCCGGUGUUCCUGUUGACCAGAAUUCAGCAAGCUCAAUAUAGUAGACUUGUAUUAGUCGCUGUGAUAGCAAUGUUUGUGCAGUUCUGUUUGGGCUUGAUUUUGUCAGUGAAAUGGUUAGGAACAUUUUUUGUUCUAUUUAAUCUUUAGUAUAGAUGUGCAGCUGGUCUUUUAAGGCACACAAAGUAGAUUCUCUUUCUUCCCCAGCCCUUGUUGGAAACAACUUUGGACAUGCCAAUCUGUUAGCAAGUUUUGUGCGGGAAAGCUAAUUAAUAUAAUGCUGCUACUUGUACUCAA